AUGCUCACCAUGACCGAGGAGCACGACAAAGCCCUGGAGCCGCCCUGCAGCCCGGCGGGCACCGCCAGCUCCAUGUCCCACGUGGACUCGGACUCCGACUCGCCCCUGUCCCCCGCCGGCUCGGAGGGGCUGGGCUGCGCCCCGCCGGCCCCUACCCCGCGCCCACCCGCCGGCCCCAAGGGGGAGCCGGCCGAGGUGGACGAGCGCUUCCCCGCCUGCAUCCGGGACGCCGUGUCGCAGGUGCUGAAGGGCUACGACUGGAGCCUGGUGCCCAUGCCCGUGCGGGGCAACGGAUCGCUCAAGGCCAAGCCCCACGUCAAGCGGCCCAUGAACGCCUUCAUGGUGUGGGCGCAGGCCGCCCGCAGGAAGCUGGCCGACCAGUACCCGCAUCUGCACAACGCCGAGCUCAGCAAGACCCUGGGCAAGCUCUGGCGUUUGUUAAGUGAAAAUGAAAAACGUCCCUUUGUGGAAGAAGCCGAGAGGCUCAGGGUUCAGCACAAGAAGGAUCAUCCGGAUUAUAAAUACCAGCCCCGGAGGAGGAAAAGUGUAAAAGCAGGCCAGAGUGAUUCUGAUUCGGGAGCCGAGCUCAGCCAUCAUGCAGGGAGUCAGAUCUACAAAGCAGACACCGGGCUAGGCGGUGUGGGAGAUUCUCACCAUCACAGUGAUCACACAGGGCAAACUCAUGGACCACCCACCCCUCCUACCACCCCUAAAACGGAUCUUCAUCAUGGGAGCAAGCAAGAGCUGAAACACGAGGGGCGCCGCCUAGUGGAGAGCGGCCGUCAGAACAUAGACUUCAGCAAUGUGGACAUCUCUGAACUCAGCAGCGAGGUCAUUAACAUGGAGACCUUUGACGUGCGUGAGCUUGACCAGUAUUUGCCACUGAAUGGCCAUUCGGCCAUGCCGGCUGACCACGGGCAGAACUCCUCAGCAGGGUCUUACGGCCCUUCCUAUUCCCAUUCAGCCAACGGCACCAGUGGAGCAGCCCAAGUUUGGACUCACAAAAGCCCAUCCUCGGUGUCCCCUACUUUAAAUGAAACCAGCCAGCAGAGACCACACAUCAAAACGGAGCAACUCAGCCCAAGUCAUUACAGCGACCAAUCCCAUGGGUCUCCAACUCACUCCGACUACGGUUCCUAUAGCGCACAGGCUUGUGCCACCACGGCUUCCACCGCCACAGCGGCUGCCUCUUUCUCCAGCUCGCAGUGCGACUAUACAGACCUCCAGAGUUCUAAUUACUACAACCCUUACUCCGGGUAUCCCUCCAGCAUUUACCAGUAUCCGUAUUUCCAUUCCUCACGGCGCCCCUACGCCACACCCAUCCUGAACGGCUUGUCCAUCCCUCCCGCUCACAGCCCCACUGCUAACUGGGACCAGCCUGUCUACACAACCCUGACGAGGCCUUAG